AUGGUUUUAUGCAAGGGUUUCAGGGGUGCCGGGAUUCCGCAAUGGUAUUGCGGGGAAGGUAAAACUUCUCUUAGUACUUUCUCAUGCAGGAGAGCAUCUGUUCUCCUCUCGAGCUUUCUACCUUCUUCGCGUUUGCUUUGGUUGCAAUGGUUAUAAGCAGUUCUGUAGAAUUACAACACGCGAUGCGAUUGCAUUCCACUAAAUGUUGAGCCUCUACCGCUA